UAAGGCUGCUUGCAGAGAAGAAGAAGAAGAAGAAGGAGUAACACGGCCGACGACAAAAGGCACGAAGGAAUUCUUGAAUGAAAAAUUAGGACAAAUCUGUCCGUCGUGAUAAAAAACGAGAGCAUUAGUCAAGAAAGUUCCUCUCAAUUAACUGACGUUCCAGCUCACAAGCGUCUUCUUCAGAAGAAUAUGGAGCCCCCAAAGCAAGCAAAUCCAGACUGCGGUUCCCAGGAAGUGAACCCGGUGUUUCUGCAACAACUCAGAGAGCUGGACAUUCCAGAAGAGGCAGCUAAACAGGCACUCCUGCAUACUCUGAAUGUUUCUGCUGAGGAGGCGGCCAUGUACUACUUCAACAAACUGGAGAAUGAGGAGGAGGGUGAUGAUGACCUGAUGUUCAAAAUGGUGUUUGUGGUCAACAUGGACCUUGCCAUGGGUGUAGGAAAGGUAGCUGCUCAGGUGGGCCAUGCCGCUGUGGGAUUAUACCAGACCCUGCAGGAGAAAAGCAGCUGGAGGGAGAUGGCCUGGAAGUGGGACCACAGUGGAGCUAAGAAGAUUGUGGUCCAAGGCACCAAUGUGUCUCAUCUGUUGGAGCUCCAGGCUUUGGCCAUGAGCCUCAGUCUGCCCACUUACCUGGUCCAGGAUGCUGGCCUUACUCAGGUGGAGUCUGGCUCCCGUACUGUCCUGGCUGUAAUGGGUGAGGAGGAAAUGGUAAACAAUGUCACCGGGAGUCUGAAGCUGCUGUGAUGUCCUCCAGACCACAAGACGCAAAGGUGUAAUGUCUGACAGCAACAAGCAGAGGGCACAAUUUCCCAAAGAAAGCAAGAAGCUAGCACGUGUUUAACCGUUAACAUGCCAGACAGAAGACAAGUAACCCCACACUAAGUCUUAAAACAUGAACAUUUCCAACUGGUCGUUCUUUUUGAAUUAGUGUGUAGCUUGUGUGUGUAUUAGAGUGUAGCUUGUGUGCUGCGCUGUUAGGAUUCUGGAAGUAGCGGGUCAAGUCUUUCCACUUUGAAAAAUGCAAUGUUCCCCUGAAGACCCGUCUUCUGGUUUAUAUACACGCAUGUACGACUGUCUUGUCAAAUCAUUCACGGACCUAAAACCGUCUUACUCAGCCCUUUCAUUGAAAAAUGUAACACUGCUGCUUGUGCAAAGACAUACAUUCACAUCAUAUAAUAUGCUACUUGGCUGAGCAGCCACGUCCAAAUGUUGCACCAGGUGUUUAUCUUCACGUGCUCGUGCAUAGCUCAGCUGCUCUUGUCACACAAAAUUACAACUUUUGCAUGACUGUUGGUUAGCACCCCUGUGUUGCUUUCGUCUUUGUUGGCGGUGGCUUUUGCACUCCGCUAUUCUUUCUUCGGAACCAUCUUAAUCCAUCUUCACUAACGCCCAGUCAUAUGGUCGCCGCUCUGACUACAUGUAUGUCUGCUAGCAUACAAUAGAAAGAGUUAGCACUGAUGCUACAUGGGCAGUAGUUUACCUUUUUUAUUGCAUGUAUUUCACUUUUCUGUGUAAGCCAGCGGUGUCCAAACUUCUCCCUCUGAGAGUCAUGUAGAGAACAUUCAAAAGUAUUUCGCCUUUUGUUUAUUAAACACGCUAAUCUAUUGUAAGUAAAAAAAGGACAAGAAGUUUAAGUUACUCAACUAAAAAUAGUUUUAAUGUGGCCUUAUUCACAAUUAAAAUGCUUCAAUAAAAGAUUCCAUAGUAUCCAAAUACUAUUAAAAUACUUUUUCAUAGGGAUGUGCAGAUCAUAAUAAAGUAUGUAAUUAAUGCAUUUUAUUGCUGAUCCCAUAUUGAUGACACAAUUUAUUUUUAGUCCCCAGGCUGACAAACAGCUAGUUAUGUGUCUCCAUACACAGUGUGGAGCCGCUCCUCCAGGCUAAUGAUAAUCACCUCCAUUACGGCAAAUAAACUGCAUUUAUGAGUCUCUACAGUGUCAUUAUCAUUGAGGACAAGGCUGAACAUAUUACACACAAUAGACAAUAAGGAGUUAGUUUAAAUGUUGAGUUGAUAUUGUUCAACUGUCAGAUUCAUCAUAGAUCAUUUAAAAAUGAACAGUUAAUACUUGUGAUCGGCAUCGGCCGAUUUUACUUAUGGAUGAUCAGACGGCAUGAAACCCUGAUCGAAGCAUCUCUAAUUAUUUUUGUUUACAGUGAAGUCAAAUAUAAGGGAUGACAAUUGACCAUGAUACAUUUUUGUUACACUGCUGAUAUUUUGAUUACACAAUCGAAAGCUAAUUUAAUUGUAGAUGACAGGUUUCUGUUUUAUAGAAGGUAAUUUGCAGUGUUAUUUAAAAAUAUUAAUGAAUAGCUGAUAUAGAUACUAUAGAUACUUUUUUUUGCACAUUUUUGUUUAAUAUUUUAGUGUAUGUCUAGUCGUCCCCCAUAAUGUAACGAAACACUUCCCUUUUCAUGGAUAGAAAAUGUGCUGCGGCAACAAAUGGGCUCCAGGCCAGACUUUGGACACCACUGCUGUAAAUAUUGAUUUAACGAAGAUGCACCUUUGAGUACAGAUGUGUCAACAUGUACAUGUUACUCUCCUGUGUUGUAAUGAUCCUGACCGUGUAGUGAUGUUUGCAUACUUGCUAAACAUAUCGUCUCGUCUUGCUAUAUGUGAACUGAUGGGCUUACUCAAUGUACCUUUUUGCAGAUGAAACUGUCAUGCAUGUAUCACAUGUGUACUCACUACUCGGCAGAAAGACAGCACAGCAACAUUAUACAGCCUAAAGAUGAUCUUGUGUAUUCUGACUUUACUAUGAACCAGUACAUGGAGGACGAAUGGUAGAACAAUAACAUUAAAUCCAUAAAAGAAGACCAAGCACGUUUUAACCAACAAGAAAACAAAUUAAAGCUACAGAAAAAAUAUUACAUUUUUAAGUCAAUUUAAAAAACUUACUGCUGUAUUCUAACACCAAUGCUGUUUGUGUAUUUUGUCACAAAAGAUUAAACAAUUGUAAUUAUGAGAUAAGUUAUAAUUCUCAUUUUGGCUUUUCGUCUCAUAAUUUCGAUAUUUUUCCCCCACAAUUUAUCUUUCUAUCUCGAAAUUGUGACUUUUUCCUCAUAAUUCUGGCUUUGUAUAUAAGUAUGAGUUACUAUUGAGGCGUCACUAAGCGAGCGGUCCACGCAUGCGCGCCACUUUCCUAACUUGUUUUUCCGGCAGUUAUAAUCGUGCCCACAGUCACAGUUACCAUAGUUUCGUAAUCUUUAUUUAAAUAUGAAUGUCAUAUAAAAAAUGAUAUACAAAACAAAUGAAAACAAGAAUAUAGCAUUUGUUUUUAAAACUACAGAGCCGUACAGAAACCUGAACGAUGUGCUCGGCAGCCUUAAAUGGCAAGAAAGCAACCUUUUUUCCCCCCCACUACUUUAUUUACACCAAUUCAAAAUACUGAUUUUAAAACUAUACUUUUGUCAGGCCGCAGAUAUAAAUUGUCAUAGUAAGUAAGCGAUGGUAGUCCGUGCUUCAUUUAUUGCAAUGACAGAAAAGUUAAGUGGUUGAAAAAGUGACGAUAACUCCGAUUUUUUUUUAUUGACUGAUUGUUCAUGUUUAUAUUAUUGUUCCCUUUUACUCCUAGGUAAGCAAUGUUUUUUGUACAAAACAAGACAUUAAAAUAUCAGAACAUGACGUCGCAGAAGCUCCGCCAUUAAAUAAGCUCCAAAUCCAGGAAGUGACGUCUUUGCGCAUGCGUGGACCGAUCUUGCAGUGACGGGGUAUUUAGUGUUUCGGCUUUGCAUAGACACAAGAUGGCGAGUUGAGGUUAUUUUUUUCUUCAAAGCUUUAUUUACAUCCAAACGUGACACUUAAAGCGUAAACCAAUCCAGACAAAAACAACAAGCAUACAUACGAACUAUAAGAACAACAUGGGGCGAUAAUAAAAUAGAGCCUUUGUUUACAAUCACAAAAUGAUUAUAAAGAAUUUUCUGAAUGUCGUCAGCCUGGCCUUUGUCCGAUCCGUUUGCGCAUGCGCCAAAAAUAUAUGCAAAAUGCUGGGUCCCUCCUUGACGGCAGUUGUUUUUAACGGUCCGCAAAAGUAUCAACUGAUCAUCUCAAAUCAUAUAUAAAAAAAAACAAUACACCCGAAACGUUCAUUAUUCAAAUUUGAAUAUGUCGUUUUGAUCUUAUAGCCUAUGACUGU